AUGACCCAAGUAACAGACAGCCAUGUGGAAUUUGUCCCUGGAACUGUCCACCUCGUGGAUCUAUUGGGCAACAUGCACAGUAAACACGCCCGGGGUGCGCAGGCCGACGUCGUCCUUGUGCCCAGUCCUUCGAAUGACCCUGAUGAUCCAUUGAAUUGGUCGCGAUGGCGAAAGCUUCAGUCCGUGGCUUGCUUGUGCACCUACAUCAUGGCCGUAGGGAUUGCCUCUGCCGCCAUAUAUUCUGUACUUGUGCCCAUCGCCACCGACACGGGUCUUGGUGUCAGCACAAUGGUUGAAGGGACCGGAUACAUGUUCCUGUUCCUAGGCUGGGGUUGUUUCGUGUGUCAACCACUUGCACAGAAAUAUGGCAAGAGACCAACCUAUCUUAUAUCGCUGCUUGGAACUAUGUUCUUUACUCACGAAAGAGGCACAUACAUGAGCGUCUACGCACUGUUUCUUGUUGGUAGCAACUUCUUUGCACCUGUUAUCUCGGGAUUCAUCAACGAUGGACAAGGAUGGCAAUGGGUUCUGCACUGGUGCGCAAUUUUCUGUGGGGGCGCCUUCCUUAUAUGCUUCUUCUUCAUGGAGGAGACCAAUUAUUUCCGUACGGCUCUUCUGUCCAGUGAACCUGAUGCGCUAGUUGAAGACGACACGGAAACAGGCGCCUUGGAUUACGAGGUCGCUAGUACUACCAAGGAAAAUUUUCACCCUUCUGACACAAAUACGGUCGUUGAUAGUGUUGAAACUGCGCAAAACACGACUAUUCAUCGUUCGAAACGGACUUAUCGCCAAAAGCUUGCGCUGUUCCGAAGUGAUGACUUCCAGCGGAAUAUCAAGAUCAAAGGACUCCUCUAUCGGCCCGUCCUCCUCGCGUCGUUCCCGGUGGUCUUCUUUUCGGGAUUCAUGUACGGCGCGGUGGUGUGUUAUUUCAAUAUCUUGAACGGUGUGUCUUCGGUGAUUUUGGGCGGCGCUCCAUACAAUUUUCGGGCUAGCAUGGUCGGUCUCUCAUAUCUGGCAUGUGUUGUUGGAGUUGUAAUCGGUUUCUUAUUUGCUGGACCACUAGGUGACAAGUUUGUCCUCUGGAAAGCGCGCCGCAAUAAUGGUAUUAUGGAGCCAGAACACCGUCUUUGGCUUUACCUGGCUCUCUUGAUUGGCAUUCCAGGGGCCUUACUCUUGUGGGGCGUUGGGGCUGCUCACGAGAUACACUGGUUCGGCCUGAUCUUUGCUAUGGGCACACUCGGAUUUGCCCUGACAAUCGGUUGUCAAAUACCAAUCAGCUACUGUAUCGACUCAUACAAGGACCUUGGUGCUGAUGCUCUGGUCACAGUAAUUGUAAUGCGAAAUAGUAUGAGUUUCGCGGUCAGCUAUGGCAUCACACCAUGGGUAACAGGUAUGGGCCUACAGAACGCCUUCAUUCUCGCAGCAUUCGUCGCUAUGGCACAGAUUGCUACAUUCUUGGUCUUCGUAAAGUGGGGGAAGUCAAUGCGCAGGUCGAGUGCUCGCCGUUACCAGAAAUAUGUUGAACAAGUCCAACAUGAAGGCUGGCAGCACUAG